AGUAAGAAGCCUUUCCGCCUUCCUACUCUGUAACCCUGCUUUUCGUUUCCUGUGUGUCCUUUCAGAGCUCCUUUUGCUUUCAAAAGCAAAUACAAAUACGGGCAGCUUCUGAAUGGAUGGCCAAGUGACUCUGGAGCUUCCGCGCUGUGUGAGGGCUGGGCUGUCCCUGUUCACCCUCAAACCCAGGCUGCAGCCACCGCACGGGAGAAGAUGGUUCAGACUGCACCUCUACCCUAACUCAGCACGCACAGCUGUACCGUCAGGGGUUGCAAACCAAUAUCUCUCAGGGCCUUCCUGGAAGCUGCAGCUGGACUUCCUUUGUACUCCAGGGGAGCAUCCCGGGAGGCCCAGGUCGGGGCUGCUGGAGGGUCCCUGGGCUCUGGGGGACAGAAGAACAGGGAGGAAGAAUCCAGAUGUGGCUCACUGGGCUCUGUGGAUCUGGCACUGGAACAGCUGUCCAGGCUUUGGGGCCCCCGACACCCCUGCUGCUCUCCCUCAGGCCCCAGAUCUGCUUGGGCCCCCAGUGGGCAACUGUUCUGUGCUGGUCCACCACAGGGAAAUAUUCUGGUGGAGGUAAGCUCUGCCCUUUUCUCAGAGAGCCCUGGCCAGGCCUGGUAGACAAAUUCCAGGCCAAGCCAUAGGAUUUGGACACUGGGGCUACAGGAGUUCAAGAAAGAGGAAUAAAGAAGCAGCCCUGAGUAUCAGUCAGUGAAUGUGGCCUGACAUUGGCAGAUGGCUUUAGCACAGGCUUCCUGGAGGAGGAGGAGGGAGACUGCACUGAACGGGUUUCUGAAGCUUGUGCCCUGAUGCCAAGCAUACCACCACAUCACUUACAGGAUGUGCAACUAUAAACAAGGGAAUUUGCC